AUGGACACUUCAUAUCCCCGUGAGGACCCCCGGGCUCCAUCAUCCCGCAAGGUUGGUGAUGCUGCCCACACGGCCCUCUCCAUGGGAUCACCGGGCCCUACACCACGAGACCAUCUGCUCUGGUCAGUCUUCAGCACGAUCUACCUGAACCUGUGCUGCCUUGGAUUCCUGGCGCUGGUCCACUCUGUCAAGGCCCGAGACCAGAAGAUAGCUGGGGACCUGGAGUCUGCGAGGCAGUACGGCUCCAAAGCUAAGUGCUACAACAUCCUGGCUGCCAUGUGGACACUGGUGCCCCCACUGCUGCUCCUCGGGCUGGUGGUGACUGGGGCCCUGCACCUCUCUCGGCUGGCCAGAGACUCUGCGGCUUUCUUCACCACCAAGUUUGACGAUGAGGACUAUAACUGA